AUGGAGACCUCUCGCCGUCCGCACCUGAAAGAUCUCGCCUAUCGUGGCGUAAUCCAGGGUGUCACAAUCUCCACGGGCAGCGGAGCUCAGAGCAGUGAACUUUGUCACUACUUCGGAGGUGUCCGAUACGCCCUGCCCCCGCUACAACGAUGGCGCCGGGCUCGUCAAUUGCCCGCCAACUACACAUAUGGUGACCGACAGCAUCCAGGUCAAUGUGAUGGCGGUGCGGGCCUAUGUCCGCAGCCUGGAUUCAUGGAACUCUCCCCUUCAAACGAGGCUGCGUGGACCGAAGAUUGCUUCCAAUGUAACGUUUGGGUUCCGACAGAAGAACCUCCGAAAGGCGGAUGGCCAGUUUUUGUUUUCAUUCACGGUGGUUGGCUACAGUUCGGCUCACCAAACGGCUUCAAUGCGGCUGCCUUACUCGGUGAAACGGACUUCAAGGCUGUUGUGGUUAUGCCCGCGUAUCGUGUGAACCUCUUCGGUUUCCUAUACUCUUCCGAACUCGCUGAGGAUGCGGCCGCCGUUGGUGAGACUGUAGGAAACCACGGAUUUUGGGACCAGAGAAUGGCAUUGGAGUGGAUCAAGGGAAAUAUCCAUCUGUUUGGUGGAAAUUCUAAUAACAUCACUAUCUCGGGAUACUCUGCUGGUGCAAACUCGGUCUUCCAUCAGCUAGCCUACGAUCUACGCCAACCCGAAUCCGAAUCCAUCGUUCGUCAAGCAUGCAUGUUCUCCAAUUCACCAGCCGUCCAACCAAAGAGCCCAGCCGAGACACAAGCUCAAUUCAACCAGCUACUCACUGCAGUUGGCAUUCCUCUCACACUAUCAGCAAAUCAGAAGAUCGCCCGUCUCCGCGCCCUGCCCCCACGCACUCUCCUCGAUGCAGGAAAAUCAAUUGACAUCCACCAAUUCCGACCAACAACCGAUUCGGGUUUCAUUCUUCCAACUCUCUUCCAAUCCCUCGAUAACGGUGACUUCGCACGGAAUAUGCUGAGACGUAAUGUACGGCUGAUGCUUGGCGAGUGCAGCGACGAAAGAUAUCUAUACGCGGUGUGGUUUCCACCAAAGGCGAACACACUAUCCGCCUUGCGUACUCGAUUGAUUGCCGAUUACCCAGAGAAGAUCGUGGAUGCCGUUCUCCCGCUUCAUUAUCCUGAUGGCAAGCUACCAGCAGAUUGUAAGGACUGGGUAUCCGAUGCCUGGGGCAAGAUCUAUGCCGAUAUGCAAGUAUACCAUAUGCAGCGGGGAUUGAUCCAUGCUCUCACAUCCAAUACCGGGAACGUCGAUGCUUCUCGACUCAUCCACCGAUAUCGCAUUGAAUACCGUGCAAAGUGCAUGGAUAAGGCUUUCCCGAUCGAGUGGGGUGUUACUCACUCCUCUGAUUACCCAUUAUGGUUCUGGGGCAACGGCGAUGUCCUGACUCCAGCUGAGAAGAAGAGUACUCAUGAAGCGUUCAUUGGCCCAUUGGGCCGUUUCAUCCAGGGACCUAGUGCCGCUGGUCCAGAAGGAUUUGGCUGGGGAACAAGUGGACGUGAAGGCGUACGAACAUUGAAGUCAGAUAGAACUGUGGUAAUUCAAAAGGACGCAUUGUGGGAGGAGGGCGUGAAUAUCUGGAACACACUUAGAGGUGUGGAUCAGGCGAAGCCAAAACUCUGA